UACAUUUCAAAAAUAUAUUUUCUGUGGCCCAUGUAGUAAAUUUGAGUUUGACUUGAGCGUGUUCGUUCAUGCAUGCUGUGUGACUUAUAACCAUAGCAAGUUUUGAGAAAAAAACGAAAACAUCUAUAAGCCAUGCUAAAAGCCACAAAAAAAUCCACCACGGUAAACAAAUCGAAAUUAAAAGUUGCUGCCAGCAAUGGCCACGAGCAAAGUCAGUUGCAGCAACUACAGUCAUUGGAGCAACAACAAGGCAGUGAUAGUCCACCGCUUAAGAAGCUCAGCUUGAAGGGCAACCAACUGUGCGGCAGCAUUCUGAUCGACAACUAUAACUACUUGACCCAGUUGGAGGUGGAAGAGAAUGAGAUGGAAGUGCUAGAUCUAAGCACGUUGGCACAGUUGGAGACAUUGAAAUGCAGUCGCAAUAAACUAAUGGAGCUCAUUUUAAAUGGCACUAGUCUACAGACACUCAUAGCGGAUCAUAACUGCUUGCAGCGGUUAUCCAUAUGCAAGACAGUGCCUUUAAAACUGGAACACAUAGACAUUUCACAUAAUUACUUUAGCGAGCUGCCCGCAUGGAUUGGCAAGUGCGAGGCUCUGAACUCAUUGAAUGCAGCACACAAUCAUUUGAACAACAUCAAGGAGCUGCUAAGGAACUACCAAAUUGAUAGCCUGCGCACACUUGACAUAUCCUUUAAUGGGCUGCAACAGCUGGAGAACUUACCGGAGGCUUUUAGCAGCGUGACGCAGUUGCAACUGCAAAGCAACGAGCUGCAGCGUCUGCCGGAUAAUUUCUUUGCCGUUACGCAUGCGCAGCUCAAGACUCUAAAUGCCGCCUGCAAUCGACUCUCGGCUUUGCCACGCUACGAGCAGAACAACAGCGCAGCCUUGGAGCAAUUAACACUGACAGCCAAUCAGCUCAACGACAGCAUAUUCGAUGCUCUGCUGCAUGCGGGCAGAUUGAAGACGCUGCGCCUGGCCUACAAUCGCAUUGGGCUGCUGCCGGCGGAAUGUGUGCGCAAUUGGCCAGAGCUGAGCGUGUUGGUUUUAUCCGGCAACAUGCUGCAACAGCUGCCGGAGCAGGUGUCCACGUUGAGUCAGCUCAAGGUGCUGCGUUGCUGCAACAAUCUGCUGCUUAGCACGCCGCCGUUGGCGAAGCUAAGCAAGCUUAAGAUUCUGGAUCUGGCGCACAAUCAUCUGGAUCGCAUAAAUCUGUUGUCGCUAGUGCCGGUGCGCAAUCUCAAGCAUUUGGACCUGUCCGGCAAUCUGCAGCUGCAGGUAGAUGAGCAACAGAUGAAGAUGUGCCAGACGCAAAGCCAGCGUGUCUGGAGCUUGGUGGAUGUGUCUGGCAACAAUCGAGAGGCUCUGCCCACUUGCACACGUCGUGUGCCCGCGGAGUCUGGUAAACAGCUCAAGGGCAAGUCGGCGCCUUGGAGCGUGGGCUUUGCCGAAACGCCAGGCGACCAACGCAAGCUGCUUGUGCGUCAGCUGCGCUUUGCUCACUUCAAUAGUCCGGAUGAGGCGCUCUUUGGCAUGUUUGAAUCUGCAGGCGAUGCGCGCAUAGCUCAGCAAAUGGCACAGCUUGUCCCAGGACUGCUCAAGCAGGAGCAAUCUCUUAAGGAAACCAAUUCCAAUGAUUACAUGAAGUAUACCCUGCUGACCGCACAGCGCAAGAGCGGCGGCAGUGCUCACAGUGCAACGCUCUUGCAUUUGAUUCGCAUGCCCUCCAAGGUGCGUCCACUCAAGUCCAAGCGCUAUGUGCUGCGCAUGGCCAGCUUGGCUGGCUUCGAUGCCUAUCUAGUGCGGCGCACCAAUCAUCUGUAUCUAACUGAAAAUGCCGUCAGUUCGGGUAAAAAUACGCGCCUUCAGUCCCAUGCUCUAAGCGAGCCCGAUAUUUUAGAGUUAACUCUCAGCAACGAUGAUGAGUACCUGGUGGUGGCCAACAAUGAGCUCUGGUCAGUCAUGGAUAUAACCCGAGCAGCCCGUGAGCUACGCAAGGAGGAUAAUGCGCUGCUGGCCGCCAAGCGAUUGCUGGAGAUAGCGCAGAGUUUUGGAGCCACUGGCAAUCUAAGCGUCAUUGUGCUGCGCUUCAGUCAUCUAAGCACGGAUGUGGAUCACUUGAUACGUGAACUCAAGCAGAGUGUGCGCAAGAAGCCGCCGCUGGUGGCGCCCAGUCCGCCUUGUGUGUCGGUUAGCAAGCGAACCUGUUGCGAUCGCAGCAAUGCGUGUAGGCAUCGCGCGAUGGAGCAGGAGCUGCUGACGGGGCGUUCCUCGCCCAGUGGCCAAAGCAAUCCAGAGCUGCUGGGCAAGGAGCUGAAAGCCGUAGCCAAGGAUGAGUUCAUUUUGGCGCAUGCGCGUGUGCUGCAAGAGGAACAGCAGCUGGAGAUGCUGGAUGAGACCGAAUCUGUGCUCUCGGAGGAGCAAUUCAAGUGCUGGGAGUAUAUGCUGGAGCAGAACACACAACUGCUCUUCGACAAGGAGCUAAACACCAUAUCGAAAUCGUUUACAAAACAACGUCUGCCCACAGCUAAGCUGACCACUGCCGAUUGCAAUGAUCUGAAGUCCAAUCUCAUACGCAAUGUGACCAACAAGUUCAUUUCGAGCAGCACGCCGCAGUUGCCACAGCCUCUGUCGCCGCUUGGCGCCAACUAUCAGCAGCCCAAGCAAUCGCUCACCGAUCAUUUCGGCAGCAUGCGCUCCUUUCAGCAGUCGCACACCUUUGGCUACAAUCUCUUCGAUGGCAAAUUGCGCGAGAGCCCAAGCUCAGCUUAUUCCAAAUUGGGCGGUGGUCCACAUGCCGCCUACUUUGGCUCGCUCCAACGGCGAAUGCCCAGCAACUUGGAAUAUGACUUCCCAACUGCGCAGGAGCGAGAUCAUAAUAUUUUGGAUGAAGAGGAGUUGGAUGAGGAUGGGGAUGUUUAUGCUGAGCAUGAAAGUCGCAUGCGCAAGUAUUGGGGCGUGGCAACGACAGAGCUCUAGA